AUGGUAGACCACACCGGGCUUGCUGCAGAGCUGAAGAGGUGGUGUCGGGGUGAAGGUUUGGAGGAAGCUAAAGCACUCUUGGUUCUGGUUCCAGAAGAAGUGGAAAUAGCCCAGAUAGAAGAAACCAUGGAGACUAUUAAGUGUCUAGGGCGAGUCCGGGUUAGAGGGCGCUUGUUCCACACCCCCUUGAGCUGCCUAAUGGUUCUCUGCAAGUGCAAACAAAGUAUACCUAAAGAUAAUGUGCCCAAGGAAGUGCUGGACCCGCACACUGGUGAAAAAUGGCCGAUAGUGACUCUUAAUGAAUGUGCCGCUCCUGAUGAUUUUGCUGUGAAGUUGAAGAGUCUCUUAGACACUGAGGGUAGGACUAUUGAAGACCUACAAAGAUUAUUUCUCAGCCCUCCUCCUCCGCAGCCCAGCUCUGAUCCUUCCAUAAACUCCACGGAGUCUGUCUUGCAAGCAGUUGGUGAUUUUUUGGAGAAGGCACGUAAACCACAAGCAGAAGGUGGUUAUCGGCGUUUGAGGCUGUUUUCAGGGAACUUGCCAGUUCCCCUUAGUGAGGACCCCUUUGACCAUUGGCUUGAGCAGGCAUGGCUCAUGGUAGAGGAAAGUGACUGUACAGACAAGGAGAGAAGGCGCAGGCUGAUGGAAAGUUUAAAGGGGCCAGCGUUGGAGAUUGCCAAAUCAGUCCGUGAGUCAGACCCUGAGGCAGGCCCUGUUGAAUACCUGGAGGCUUUGGAAAGCGCAUUUGGCAGUGCUGAGUCUGGGGAUGAUCUCUAG